UCAAGCCUCUGAAGGGCGAUGGAGUGGCCAAGCAUCCAGGUGGUGGCACCUCUUUCGUGGCUCCUCGAGUUCACGGUCUUAAAAAACGCUCAGCUGACCCCAUGCCGGAAGCUAAUCCUGAACCAGCAGCUGACCCUGAACCAACAGCUGACCCUGAUCCCUCCAAGAGUUAUAGUUACCAGGUAGUCCACCAUGGCUAUCCUCGCUACGGCUACCACCACGGUUAUCGCUACCCCUACUAUGGCUACCGUUACAGCCAUCACUAUGGUUACCCUUACACCUACCACAAGCACCACAAGAGAUCAGCCGACCCUGAACCCGAAGCUGAACCUCAUUACAGUUAUUACGGAUACCCUCACUACUACAAAGGAUAUUAUCACGGUUAUCCUCACACCUAUCCUUACUACGCUGGCUACCGCUACCGCUACCGAGGGAAGGACGGCGAUCACUUGGAAGGCUACACAAAACUGAGGACUAUCUCUGGAAAAAUGUCCAGUGGCGAGCUUAGGAAACGUCUGGAAAAGUACCCUACUAAUCAUGAGAUUAUGACUUGCAAAUAUAGAGGCUUCACAAGCAAUCCGCAGAGACGGCCCGUCCUCAGUGAGCCUACGACAGGACCAGCCAUGAAGUUCGCGGUAGCUGUAUUGGUGUGUUUGGCAGCGGCUGUUGUCACACAAGCCGAUCCCGAACCACACAAGUACCACCGCUACCCCUACUACCACUACUAUCCUCACUACCAUCAUGUCGAGCCACUUGAGGGCGAUGGAGUGGCCAGGCAUCCAGGUGGUGGCACCUCCUUCGUGGCUCCUCAAGUUCACGGCCUCACUAAACGCUCAGCUGACCCCAUGCCUAACCCUGAACCAGCAGCUGAUCCUGAUCCCUCCAAGAGUUAUAGUUACCAGGUAGUCCACUAUAACCAUCCUCACUACGGUUAUCGCUACCCCUACUAUGGCUACCGUUACAGCCAUCACUAUGGUUACCCUUACACUUACCACAAGCACCACAAGAGAUCAGCCGACCCUGAACCCGAAGCUGAACCUCAUUACAGCUAUUACGGAUACCCUCACUACUACAAAGGAUAUUAUCACGGUUAUCCUCACCGUUAUCCUUACUACGCUGGCUACCGCUACCGCUACCGGGGAUAGGGAAGAUAUCAGGAUUAGAUUACGGCAAGCCUUGUGGCGAUGGUCCUUUACCAAAUAUGUCUGAUAGUCCGGUUUGCUCACGCCGGUUUUUCGGGCAUAGACAGAACCAGAACGACAGAACGAGGAUCAUAAUAACUCUUAGAUACUCGCAUAACUAUUGUUUGUUGUUUCCAGAGAAUUCUGGAAGGUAAUAAAAGUAUUUAAGAUUUA